CGGCAUGGUUUUACUAUAAAAGGUCAGCUCUAUGUUGAGAUUUCAGUAGAGCUAUUUCUAACAUUAAACCAAUAACAAUACAACAAAACGUAGCAAACAUGAAGAUCGUUAUUGCCGUAGUCCUGCUUGCUUUGGCUUUGGGUGCCAACUCCUCAGUUUUGCCCUGGGGACCAGUUGUCGUGGGUGGUCCUCUUCCUGGUACUGUAGUACUUGGAGCUCAUCCCCCCGCCGCUGUUACAGUAGCUGCCCAUCCACCUCAUGUUGUUGCUGGCCCUGGACCUGUUCAAGUGGUCUCCGGCCCCGUUCCUGCUGUAGUUGCUGCCCCUCAUGUUGUUGCCGCUCCUGCUGUAGUUCCAGCUCAUGGUGGUACUUUCGUUGCUAAGACUCGCGGUGCUGUACAUGUUGCCCCAUUGGCUGGUCAUGCCCAAUCUGUGGCCUCAGUUAAUCUGCAACCUGCCCCAGGAACAGUUUAAACUUCCACUUUAGAUAAAUUAUAAGAAAUACCUGAUUUAGAUUAAUGUUGUUACAACCAAGUUUGGAAAUCUAUACAUACCACGAAGGACAUCGUACACCAUUAUUAGUUUUAUUAAAGCAACGAAGUUACGACAAAAUUCUUUGUAUUACUACUCCACCUAAAUAUGAUUUAUUUGCUAUAACGUAUUACUCUUCCAUUUCACCUUCAUUGCCCAUUUCCUAUCAUAUACAUAUAUCAUUCGAACAUGUUCCCCCAAUACAGUCUGCUACUUCUAUCUAAGUCACUAUUCACUUUUUCUAUUCUUCACUUUGAUGCACUUUUCAGGAUCUUAAAAAUAUGUCUGUAAA